UCUCCUCCCUCUUUAUAUUCUCUCUAAUUCCUUCAUCCCUCCCACUUUUUCAGCUUGAUCUGCCCCUCUCCGUUGCACAGUGUCUACGCUCUCUCUCGUUCUCUCUCUCUCUCUCACACACACUCAGUCUUUCGCUCUCGCUCGCUCGCAUGCAGACCGAGGGAGAGGAAGGGAUGAACGAGGUGCACACAUGUGAGGAUCUCCUCAACUGCCAGAGCAAGGCAGGACUGGCUACGAGAGAAGACGAAGAGGAGGAGGAGGAGGAGGAGGAGGUCUAGAGGAAUACUGCAGUGGCCAUCCAGCUUCCUUUUCUUCAGAGUUCUCACUCUCCAUCUCUCUUUGCUUCACUGCUUUCAUCCCCCCCCACCCCCUCCUCACCGCCCUGUCUUCUUCAUCCACUCUUCCCUACUGCUAGCUACACCAUGAAGCCGCCUGCUGCUUGUUGCUAAGGGGGCAGCCAACCGGGGGGAGCAGAGUGAACCAGGCGUUAUUUUUGUGUUUUCAAGGCCUUACUGAAAAUGGCGGAGGGGUCCAAAGAUCAGGGAGCGACUGGCGCUGCAGAACCAGAGGAAGACUCCCCCAAUAUGAUUGUCUACAGAAAGAUGGAAGACAUCGUUACGCGGAUACAAGAUGAGAAAGCAGGAGGAGUUGCCAUCCGGACCGUUAAAAGCUUCCUCUCAAAGAUCCCGAGUGUGGUAUCAGGGGCAGACAUUGUUCAGUGGCUGAUGAAAAACCUCUCCAUUGAGGAUCCAGCUGAAGCCAUCCACCUCGGCAGUCUGAUCGCGGCCCACGGCUACAUCUUCCCCAUCUCUGACCACGUCCUGACCUUAAAGGAUGACGGGACCCACUACCGCUUUCAGUCUCCAUACUUCUGGCCUUCAAACUGCUGGGAACCCGAGAACACAGACUAUGCCAUUUACCUGUGCAAGCGCACCAUGCAGAAUAAAGCCAGACUCGAGCUUGCAGACUACGAAGCAGAGAACCUCGCUCGGCUGCAGAGGGCUUUCGCCAGAAAGUGGGAAUUCAUCUUCAUGCAAGCUGAGGCUCAAGUCAAGAUCGACAGAAAGAAGGACAAGGCAGAGAGGAAGAUCCUCGACAGCCAGGAGAGGGCGUUCUGGGAUGUUCAUCGACCAGUGCCAGGCUGCGUCAACACCACGGAGAUGGACAUCCGCAAGUGUCGGAGAGAGAAGAACCCACACAGGGUGAAAAAGUCGGUCUACGGAGUGCCAGACGACGGCCAGAGCCAACCAAGUCCAAUCCACAUCAGUUCCCAGCCGAGCAGGAAGCCCACCAAAGAGGAUGUUCAGAAGGAGAUAACCUUUUUGAACAUCCAGCUUGACAGACACUGUAUGAAGGUUUCCAAAGUGGCCGACAGCCUGAUGACCUACACAGAGCAGUUCAUGGAAUAUGACCCCUUUGUUUCGGGCGUGGAGCCCUCAAACCCAUGGAUUAGUGACGACGCCACCUUCUGGGACAUGGAGGCAAGCCGUGAUCCCAGUCAGCAGCGGGUGAAGAAGUGGGGCUUCUCCCUGGAGGAGGCGCUGAAGGACCCGGCGGGACGGGACCAGUUCCUGAAGUUCCUGGAGUCAGAGUUCAGCUCAGAGAACCUGCGGUUCUGGAUGGCGGUGCAGGAUCUGAAGCGACGGCCACUCCAGGAGGUUUCCACCAGGGCCCAGGAGAUCUGGCAGGAGUUUCUGGCCGAGGGAGCGCCGAGCUCCAUCAACCUGGACUCUCACAGCUACGAGCGGACCAGCCAGAACCUCAAAGACCCCGGGCGAUACAGCUAUGAAGACGCUCAGGAGCACAUAUUCAAGCUCAUGAAAAGUGACAGCUAUGCACGCUUUUUGCGAUCCAACAUCUACCAAGACCUCCUGUCAGCCAGAAAAAAGCAGCCAGCAGACACUGAACAAGGUCGUCGCACCUCCUUGGAGAAGUUCACCCGCAGCGUGAAGAACACAAUAGAAAAUUUGAGGUGGGAAAUGUUUUAAGAGAUUAGAGGCUUUGUAGUUUGUAGAUUACUUCUCCCAUCAGCAUAUCAGACUCCUAAUGAUGUCUUUGUUAUUAUUACUGUUUUAUUUAACUUUCCAGGGGAAGUCUUUGACGGGAAAGCGUCUGACAGGCCUUAUGCAGUCAUCCUGACACAGCCUGUCCUGGAGAGCCACGACCAGACCCUGCAGAUGGGCUGACAGUCACACAGGGGCCGGGGCAGGGGCGCAGACAGCGGAGCCGGGGUGCACAGGGCUGCUGCGGAGGCUCUCGGACACUGCUUCGAGGUCUGCUGCUGUUCUGCUGCUGCAGUGCUGGGUCUACUGGGCCGAACCACCCAAACAGAACCACUGCGGAAGAGACGAUGCCUACAAGACGAUCCUCAGCUAACGAAUCACACGGCAUGCGGUGUAAAAGAAUAAGCACAUUCAAACUAAUACUGCCCUGUCUUUGUCAUCCAGAACGGCAAACGGUUGUCCGGCUUGACUUGGCUUAUUCAUUUUAUUGUUUUCAUAUUCUUUCAUUUUUGUUUUCCACAAUACUUUGGGGCCAUAAAUGUUAAAAGGAGGUGUGCAUCUGUUCUCACAAGGCAGUCAGCAAUAAAAACAAACAAAUCUGAAACAAUGAAGAAAAGUCCACCCAGCUUCUUUUGAUAUCUGUAAAUCAUCCAUCAUAAUGUCUUUAUUGAAGUAAGUAAGAAAAGUCUGGUGAUUAGUAAAAGUUCAGACCCCCAAUUCAUAUAAAAAGCAGAUUCUUCAAUCUUCAUUACAUUCCAAAAUCUGAGAUAAGGGCUUAAUGUAGCAACCAUACGGCACUGAUGCAUGUUUAAUCCUGAUGUCCUUGUUGAGAGUCACAUUUUAGCAGCGCUGCUUUGUAAUGAGACCUGUGCCUAGAAGGUGGGUUUGGCUGACUGCUCGUACACUUAACCAACUCCAAAAGUCUGUGCGAAUACCUUAGAGGCCUAAAAGCGUGACUCACUAGUACGGUUAAGUGAAACAUUGUGAUUUGAGCUUUUAGUGUUGACAUGGUCUGUGUGCCGUCGCAAAAAUAAUUAGAAAAUAAGAUCCGUCUGCUGCCGGGGUCAGUGUUUUAGAGCAUUGCUGAAAGUCUUCAGUGCCAUGGGAGCUUCCAUCUAGUGGUGCAUAAUAAACCACAGGACCGUCAACAGUGUUCCAGGACUCCACUGUGCUGUGAAUACAUCAUGUUAAAAGAUGAUACAGGUGCAUUUAAAUAAGUUUGAACAUAAUGAAAAAGUAAAUGUAUUCAAGUAAUUCAGUCCAACCUAACUACAGUGACCUGGAGGAGGGGAAUGAGGCAGAACACAUGAAGCAUGGGACGUCACGCCCUUGCAUGUCCUAAUUAUGCUUUUAGGCAAAUAACAUGUGACCAAAGAACCAUAAUGCUGCCAUUGUCACAGUGAUUCUCUGGUACGUCUGAAACAGGCUAACUGCAGCCAGUGCUCUUUGUAAGCCUGUUUGUCUCAUCGGUGUUAGUCAAGGCUGUCUGAAUGGCAAAUCUUCCCAUAGAGCGGUGACUGUCCUGUGCUCUUUGGAGCUUCCUGUUUCAGGAAUUAGCAUCAAGCUAAAGCACUCACAGCAAAAGUCAGCCAAGGGUGUGAUAUCUCAUAUUACAUGUGUGGUACCGAGUGACAGACUGACUGGAAACUUGUUUGUAGAUUCAUUACACACAGAGGUAUACAUUUUAAGUAUUUAUUUCCGUUAAUUUGAUGAAUUAUUGUGGAUUGCCAGUGAACUCCCAAAUUUCAUUUUCUCUCAAAUUAAAUAUUUGAACAGUAUGUUUAGAACAAAUUUUUCAAAAUGGACUUAUAACAUAGUAUGUGCUUACAGUAUUUAGUCUGGGGUAUUUUAGCAUAAAUUACUGCGUCAAUGAAGGAUGGCAUGGAGAUAAUCAGCCGCCGGAGUCAGGUAGCCCAGGUUGCUUUGAUAGCAGCCUUUAGCUUGUCUGUAUUGUUGGCUUUAGUGUCUCUCCUCUUCAUAUUGAUAAAUGAGGAAGAUUAUUCUGUAUUAAAUUUAAGAUAGUCCUAUUCACUGGGACAUAAAACAUCAUCUCCUGAAAACUAGUCAGAAAAUGGAAGCAUUAAAAAUCUCCUCGCGGAUACAUUCACUAAUUGACACCAGGAUAUGAAAUGACUCCCCAAGUUCUCACUCUGUGGAAACUUCACUAUUGUGAACUUCGUACCUUGGAUUGUGUGGCUUCACUCUAAAUUUACUUUAACCUUGAAGGAGGACUUUGGCUUCCUGAGCCCAGAGUUUUGUCCUGAGCCCAGAUAAGACAUUUCUGAAAUUGUCUGUGGUUGAGGACUAGCUUGAAAGUUUCAGAUUAUGUCCUGGGUUCAUCUGUGUGUGAUGGCUCUCAAAGUACAAAUUUCAGCUGUUGUCCAUGUCUUGAGAAUCUUCUCCAAAUCCUUGAAUCUGCAUUGCUUCAUUGUUUUGGUUAUCACUGUUGUCAAUCAAAGAUUUUCCUUCCACUCAACUUUCUAUCAAUGUUCUUUAACACCAAACUUUCCUCAUUUUGCAAGCUACCAAUAACUGUCGAAUGGACAAUAAUCAUGUCAGCACUCUUCUCUAUGGCUGAGUGGGCAAUAAAAUAACAUUUCAGGGUUUUUUUUUUUGUUUGUUUUGUAUUAUUCUCUUUUGAACUUGGUUUUAUGCUAACUCGUAAUCUUAACAGAAGCAAAGAUCUGUGUGUAAUGAAUCUAUUCUGGUUAUAUUCUAAUUAUAUUCUUUGAUGACUUGCUGCCCUGUGAAGGACAUCUUCUGCUUUGUUGCACGGAUAUCUCAAGUGUCAUUCUCUGAAACAAUUACCCAUUUUUAUUUCUCUCUGUCUGAUAACUGUCGAGUGUUUGUCAUGUGGAAAAUGGUGCAUGUUAGAGCACGACGAGGUGCAGGGGACAGAGCUGGAGCAGGACUCACUAAUGAAUGGACAUCUGACAUCUGAAAUGGAUUGAAGAGGAAGCAAUGAGGUCCCUUUGCUCCAUUGUGGCUGCUGCCUUCUUCUACACACAAGAAGUGCUGGGACACAUCUCCCCCCGGAGGCCACUGACUGCAACAGUGAAAAAUUAGAACGCGCCGUUGACUAAGUCUCAUCGGUUAUUUUUUAGUAGUCAUUGCAAUGCACUGUACAUGUCAUGACGCUAAUUAUUCUUAUUAACCUAACCCAGUAACCUCCUAAAUGUAAGGUAGAGAGAUGCUUAAGUCGAGUCUAUGUACCAAAUGUUAUCCUCAGCACAAACAUGGUGACACUGCGUGCCAAGUGCGUUGUAAAUUUAAAAAAAAAAAAAAAAAAACUGGUUACAUUUCAUUAUCCGAAAGCACACUUUAGUAUGAUGCGAGCACAUUACUAUGCAUGUUACAUAUUCAGGGCAUUUUGUGCUUUUAGUUUCUCGAUCAGCAAGAUAACUACUGGCACUCUAAAACACUCAAAGCACUUGUUAUCUGUUCACGGGUACCAAAUAAUAAAAAUCUCUGGACCUGUC